AUUCUUUAAAAUUAUGCCUGUAGAAUUAAACACGCUUAGUUAUCUCUUGUUAACCUCGAUUUUUAGUGCUGCUUCUGCCGUUGCUAUAAAGAAUGGUCGCCAUUCCGACGUUCAUCCACUUGUCUUGAACAGCCAAGGUUCCUUCUCUCCACUGCGCUAUGCAGGAGAAAGUGCAAUCAUCAAAUCAAAAAUGUAUACACACUCUACGCUUUUUUCCAACAAUCAAACCAUACACACCCUAUCUCAAUUAUAUGAAGUGGCUUUCUUGAAGCAUAAAACAAACACUUUCAUCCUUUCCGGCCAAACAGUCUGUAGUCGUUAUGGUGGUUCAUUGAAAUCAAUUCAGUCCAUAUUUUCUGGCCUUGUAAACAUUGCAAACUUGGUUCCAUGUUCAGAUAAAGAAUCUUCCUUUGUAGGCAUUUACGCAUCCACUUCACCAGACGCAUUUAUGACCGAAAUAGCUUGUCAUUGGGGUGGACUCGUGACCAUCCCCAUUGCCGCUCAGGCUACCUCUUCCCACUUGCUACAUGUGAUUCGCAAUACCUCCUUGACCGUCUUGGUCAUUGACGCUUCCCAUUUAGACUUUGCCUUACAUUUAAUCGAAGCCUCCACCGUCAAGCAUCUCAUUGUUCUUGGAAACCAUCCACAAGAACAACGCGAGUAUUUUGGUAUACGUGUCUCUAGUUUUGAUUAUCUGAAAAAAGUGGGGUUAGAAGCCCUUAUCGAAACGUCAGAUCAAACAUCGUCGGAUACAAUGGCAAGCAUUUAUUACAGUAGUAAUCCCAAAAAUAAUAUCAUAUUGGAUAACAAGGACGAUCAAAACGCACUAGGUGUUGUAUUAACACAUCGGAAUAUGAUUUCCGCCUUAUCAAGCUAUGCGGCUCAUCUCCCAGCAAGUCACAGAAUUACAUCAAAAGAUAGAUUUAUGCAUGGUUUUGCUAUAGAUAAUGUGCUUGGAUACAUACUGGGAGCCUUGUGCACCUUUAUGGGCGCCACACUUUCGUUUGAAGACAAGAUUCCCUAUAACGACUUUCACCUCAAUGUUGAAAACGUACUCUCUACCAUCAAGGGAUUUAGACCCACCAUCUAUGCAAGUGGUGCACCCUUUUUAAAACAGGUACGGAUACUGAUUGCCAACAAGUAUGGAAACUCUUUUAUCUACCAACGUGGGUUAAAAAGAAAAGACCGCUAUCAUCGUGAAGGAAGACUGGUGUCGGAUUGCAUUUACGAUAUGCUUGUUUUUCGAGAUAUCCGACAACGCAUGUUUGGUGGAAACAUUCGUUUGCUCUUAAUUGAUGACGAUCAAAACAUGUCGGAUGACGCUUCCUUUUAUCGCGCUAUACUAGGUGCACAGGUGCUCAAGACAUUCAGUCGAGCCGAAACCACUUCUGGUAUGACAGCUACUUCCGUGUAUGAUUAUACGUCUGAUAAGCGUUUGAUUGGGCCGCCACUCCCUGUGAUGGAAAUCAAAUUAUCCGACCAUGAAGAAUACACGGCCGAGGAUCUACCGAAUCCUCGUGGUGAGAUUCAAGUGCGUGGUCAUAAUGUGUUUGCAGGCUACUGGAAUGAUGAUAAGGACACAUUAUUAGACGUAGUGCAUCCAGAUGGCUGGUUUAUCACAGACAUGAUUGGAGAAUUAUUACCCAACGGCAGCUUUCUAUUAUUAAAAUCUAAAUAA